AACUCUUUUUCAGUUUAUAUUUACUCAACUGGUAGAAAAGUCUUAUAAAAACAUUUUAAAUAACUGAGGAAAAUAAUGGCAAAUUUUAGCGCUUUAAAUAGAUUUAUUAAAUUGCAAAAGUUUUUAAAUAAUAAAAAUGUAAAUCUAAGUCAUCAAUUUACGUGCCGGACUCUAACGACAACAUCGGCAAAAAAUCAUCUAAAUGAAAAUAAAGAAAAUAAACAAACUACAAAGCAUUCACAGCAUGUGACCUUUAAAUUACAAAUACCACUAGACCACCGAACAUUUUGCACAAAAUCAACAAAAGACUCAUCGGCCGGCACAAGCAUCGAUGAGUUCCGGGCUAGAGAAGAGAAACGGGAAGAGGAAUUCGAACAACAACAGAAAGCCCAAACGCAACAAGAGGAAGAUGAGAAAAAAGCUAAACUAGAUGGUGUACGUACAAAAAUAUUAGAGGCUGCCUUAAAGCAUGUGCCCACUCUAGGUUGGACUCGUAAUGCCAUAGUGCAAGGUGCUGAAGAGACUGGUUAUCCCAGUGUGGUGCAUGGUAUGUUUCCUGAGGGAGGUUUUGAUUUGGUAUCCUAUUUCAAUGGCAAAUGCAAUGAGGAAUUGUUGAAACUUUUGCAAGAGGAGACUGAUAAUGGUAACAAAGAGAUAAGUAAUCCUUUGGAGUUUUUGGUGCGUUUCGUUAGAUUACGUUUGGAAAUGAUAACACCCUAUAAAAGUCAAUGGCCACAGGCUUUGGCUCUCAUUGCUCUGCCACAGAAUGCCUCCACGGCGUUAGCACAAGUUCUAACGCUGGUUGAUGAUAUUUGCUAUUAUUCGGGAGAUCGUUCGGUAGAUAUUGGCUGGUAUACCAGACGCAUUGGCUUGGCUACCAUAAUGAAAAUGACCGAAUUGUAUAUGAUGCAAGAUAAUUCAACACAACAUCAAAAAACUUGGGAAUUUUUACAAAAUCGCAUGGAUGAAGCGGUACAAUUGCAAAUGGUGUUACAACAAACCGAAAAUGUUACACACAAAUUCCAAAGUUCAUUUAAUUCUGCCUUUAUUACAGCUCGUAAUAUUUUGGGUUUAAAUUAUAAUAGACCUUAGAUUUUAAGUUAUUAUUGAAUGUUACAAACGCUUGUUUUUAUUAUUAUUUUUUUUUUCGUUUGUUUAAUAAUUAUUAAAAAUUUAACCACAAUAUUUUUACAUGAAAUGUAUAUUUUUUUAAAAAAAACUUUAAGUAUAAUCGUUUAAAGAGUGAAGAUUUUUUUGUUAAUGAACUUUUUAUUUUUGAAUUGUAAAUAAAAAUGAGAAAUGUUAAUUAAAAGAAACGAGUGUUUUAAUG